AUGGAAGUACGUAUCAAAGAGGCUGAGGCCGGUUGCACAGUGGCUCAGAGGAAAACAACGGAUGGAAGUUACGUCUUGAAAGAUGCGGUAGUCCUUGAAUAUCAAACGCCUUCUGGUGAAAUGGUAAAGCUGAAGGCGCCGAUUGAAGGUGUCGUUACGUUUGAUCGGGCAGCUAAGAAAGGUGCAGAAAUGGUUCAGGAUAUGCUAAUAGCUCGUAUCGAGCCUUGCCACCAUGCUAUUGUAAUCAAAGAUAUGUGCGCAACGUGCGGACGUGAUCUCAGGGAAAAAGAUGGAAGAGCAGGACAGCGAAAAGAAGCUGCAACAGCAAAUGUGUCGAUGAUCCAUCACGUACCAGAGCUCAUCGUAUCGGAUGAUUUGGCGGAAGAACUUGGCUCAGCAGAUUUGAAAAAUGUCUUAAAUUCACGUAAACUUGUUUUAUUGGUUGAUCUCGAUCAGACAGUAAUCCACACGACAAAUCGUCCUUUCAAAGUUGAUCCUCAAAAGCACGGCGAUAUUUAUACUUACAAAAUGUUCGGCGUGGAAUAUCAUACAAAACUGAGACCGUAUACGCAUGAAUUCCUCGAACAUAUGAGUGCUCUCUACGAAAUGCAUAUCAUAACAUAUGGCCAGCGGCAGUAUGCACAUAAGAUUGCAGAGUUUCUCGACCCUAAAAAGACGCUAUUUGCUCAGCGGAUUUUAUCGAGAGACGAGCUGUUUUCGGCGCAGCAUAAGACCCGAAACUUGAGAGCGCUUUUCCCUUGCGGAGAUCAGCUGAUCGCUAUUAUUGAUGAUCGCGCUGACGUUUGGCAGUUUUCCGAGGCCCUUAUUCAGGUCAAACCCUACAGGUUUUUCAAAGAAGUGGGAGAUAUUAACGCGCCCGUUGGAGGAACAAAAGAAGGCGUGCUGCCUGCUGUUGACGUCGAGGACGACGCGGAACAUGACCGAACUUUGGAGCAUGUAGAAAGGAUGCUGAUCGAUGUACACGCCAAUUUUUAUAAGCACUACGACAAAACGAAAGAAAUUCGAGAUGUCAAGGUAGUGAUAAGUUACAUCAAAAAGCAAGUAUUACGAGGUCUCGUCAUUGUGCUAUCAGGUGUGGUCCCGCUAGGAAUGAAAAUAGAGCAUUCUGAAGCUUAUCGGUUGUGCGUUCAGUUCGGAGCAACGGUUGCUGAUCAAGUAACUGAGCAGACUACGCACUUAGUUGCAGUACGAUGGGGAACAACAAAAGUCAUGGCCGCAUGUAAACUAGGCAUUCCAAUCGUGACACCCUUCUGGCUGUAUGCUUGUGUUGAAAAAUUGCUAAAGGCUGACGAAAAAGAGUUUGAGCUCACAAAAGACUCCAUACCUCCUGAAGGUCGACCGUUAGGCAGCAGGAUCAUACCCGAACUCACAAGUAUUGAUGCGAUGAAGAAGGAGACAAUAGCGGCCAUGGAGCAUGAGGUUGACGAGGUUCUAUCAGAAGGUGAUGAUUCUGAGGAAGAAUGUGAAGAAAAACUAAAAAGGAGGCUAAACGGAGGUGAUGGAAGCGGUGAUGAAGAUGACGAAGUUGAAAAAGAGUUGGCUAUGAAACGUGCUCGAUGGGAGCGAGAAGGCAACUUCGAAACACCUGAGGAAGAAAAUUUUGACGAUGAUGAGAAUACUAAUCAGGACGACAGUUUCUGUGAGGCUACCUAUGAGGAAACAACAAAUGGCGAUGCUAAAGGUGAAGUACCACAAGUUCUGGAUGAGGAAGAGACUCGAGACAUCCCGUAUGAUGAUGAGGAAGACGAAGAGAUUGAGGAUAUGGCAGCUCUGAUAGAGCGGCAAGUUUCGCAUGAGAGUUGA